UGAAUCCACUGGAUGUGGGUGUAUCAGAGGUUAUGGACCUCAAAGCUCCAACAGACAGUCCUGUUCCCGCCACACACAAGCCACAUGUAACCGAAGACAGCACGGGUAACAAAUCUGCUGCGGACACAUACGGUCAACAAGGACAUUCAAGUGUCACAUCAGAGCCUCAUUUAGAUGGUAAGCCAAAUACCACAAAUAAUGACACGCAAGACACCUCUCAAGAACCACAACAAACAACCAAAGCACGGGAAAGUACACACACACCUGAGAAACCCCUGCGAUUACGCCUGUCCGACAUGUCUGUGCCAGACUUGCGUUCACAGGCACCUGAGAUAGAAUCACCCACUACUCUCGUGCACACUCCAACUCCCGACGGAUUUCUGACAUGCAUGUCCACCUCAAGCUCACGAACAAACACUCCAGAUUUGCAGCCCUACACUCCUGACUUUCGAACACCUACACCUGACGUGAGUGACGGGUAUUUCUCACCGAGGGAGUACUCCACUCCCUCCUCCACUUCAGAUGAAUAUUAUGAAUGUAGUGACUCCCCGUUCCAUGACCAUGAUGACAGCAUGAGAAAGCAGGAUGACAAGGGGAGUCUGGCAGAGAGGAGUUACAGGACAGAACAAGAUUUCCAAGUGAAACAGAGGAGAGGCAGUGUGGACUCUAAGACAACAGCAGGCAGUUUAAUACAAGGUCAAGAUUUGACACAGACAGCAGAAAAAGAGAAGGAGGCUCAAUCCCAAGCCCCCAAGAGAAAGAGGGCACUGAACAAAUCAACAGCACUUGUCAACAGAGGACUGACUGCAGGAGAAUCAACCCAUGAGGGAACAGAGCCAAAGCGAUUGUCCACAGGUGACCUUAAACAGGACAAAGCCUCCUUUGAGGGAGAGAAAUCUGACAAAGUGGCACUAAGACCCAGCAGUGUGGAGAGGAGAGACAGACCCCGAUCAACCAGAGGGGCUGAGGGGCAGAAGGUACAAACAUCUUUGCAUAGUCUUUCCAAGCCUCCACGAUCAAAGGAGCAGCAGCAAAGUGGCGCGUCUUCCUCUCUGCGAUCAGGUCAGCUAUCCAGAUCCAACUCAGCUCCCCAGUCUUUGGGACGUCGUCCUAAGGCAAGCCGCCCGCUGACCCAGGCAGAAAGAAAGGCACUCCACAGUAAUUUACAAGUCGUGGAUGAUACCUCAUCUCCUCACAGACCACCCCCUCCACUAGUGGCUGCCCCUAACCACACUGAGGCCUCCCAGAGCCAGCAGAGCCCCCCAUCUCAACAGCAUCCAGCAGCACAGGGCAAGAAGCAGAACCAACAUCCUCAGCCAAAACCCAGCGCCACCUCUCUCCAAACACAAUCAAACAUGCAACAGCCUCUUCCCCAGAACCAGACAGUAUCAGCACAGGAAGCAAAUGGCCAGGAGGCAGGAAAGGGUCCAUUUGGCUUCAGCUUUAGCAGGCUGUACAGCCUCAAAGGCCUGAAGGACAAAAUGAGCAAGCUGCCAGUACCAAGCAGGAGAAGCAGCAGCAGCUCGCCAGCUAAGGGACGCAAGAGCAAAAGCUAGUUUGGUACCUUCAGCAAUCCUGGGAGCAAUGUCUAUGUUGCUUUAACUAGGAGUAGUUUGACAUCUGACUUUGCUUUUCCCCAACUUCUCGCAUAAAGAACUUCCUGCUCAUGGAGUUAGUGAAUUUCUGAACUUUAAACUUCUGUUUGACCUUUCGCUUUUGACCUGCCCCCAUCUUGUCUGAUGAAAGAAACACUUAAUGUAUUUUUUCCACAUGGUCUUGUCCUGUAGGAAAGUCUCUUUCUCUCCUCUCAUUUUUUGAGAUGGUUUUAAAGAUUGGUAUUCAAACGACUGCAUGUCAAACUGUUGAAAUUCUUCACACAUUCAGCAUCCAGCUGCCUGAUUGGCUGAGUUUGGUCCUUUAAGUCGGUCAUCAUGAUCUCUGAAGCCCUGGACAUCUGGAGUUGAACCAUAGCUUCCUCUCAUAAAUUAUAUAUUGGAACUCU